GAUUUAGCACGUCUGAAACUAUUCACACACUCGAUUGGUAGUUGGAUGAGUAUUGAAGACUAAAUCGGAAGCAAUUUUCCCUCAGAGUUUUGAAGACAGUACCGUAUGGCUUCCUAGAAUCUACCUGAGCAAUCUGAAGCCACUCUGAUUCCACAGUCUUUAUAACCUGGAAGGGUGUGGGAUCUCUUUAUCCUCGAUGUUUGGAAAAUUCACAAUGAUAUGCCUUGACAUGGAUGCUUUAAUAUUUGUGCUGGGUGCUUGGUAGGAUCUUUCAAUGUGGAAACUCAUAUCCUUAACAUCUGGACAACUUUCUGAACUCAUUUAUUAUUUCCUUCCUUUCAUUUUUUUUGGUUUGGAACUCCUGGACUGGUCUUGUGUUGUGACUGCAGCCGCCAGGCGCGUGCGCAGUGUACACUGCGUGCGCACACGCGAACCCGUUGCGCCUGCGCACGGUGCCGCCGUCGCCCCUCCUUUCGCUGCGCUCUCCACCUGCGCAGGGCUGAAUGGCCUUCGGGAGCGCUGUCGGCCUGAGGAGUUGACGGUCAGUCAGCGUUACGAGCCUUAGUAACUCGCCCUCCCUCGGCCAGAAACCCUCCGCCUGGGCCCGCGCGAGAGGAGCGCGGCCUCUUGAGGGGAGCGGCGACCCCGCCAGCCCCGGUCUCUUUCCCUGGCGGCGGCGGCUUCUUCCGUGGGACAAUAUGUUCAAGAGAAUGGCCGAAUUUGGGCCUGACUCCGGCGGGAGAGUAAAGGGUGUUACUAUCGUUAAACCAAUAGUUUAUGGUAAUGUUGCUCGGUAUUUUGGAAAGAAAAGAGAAGAAGAUGGGCAUACUCAUCAGUGGACAGUAUAUGUAAAACCAUAUAGAAAUGAGGAUAUGUCAGCAUAUGUGAAGAAAAUCCAGUUUAAAUUACAUGAAAGCUAUGGCAAUCCUUUAAGAGUUGUUACUAAACCUCCAUAUGAAAUUACUGAAACAGGAUGGGGUGAAUUCGAAAUAAUCAUCAAAAUAUUUUUCAUUGACCCUAAUGAAAGACCUGUAACCCUGUAUCAUUUGCUAAAGCUGUUUCAAUCAGAUACCAAUGCAAUGCUGGGGAAAAAGACAGUGGUUUCAGAGUUCUAUGAUGAAAUGAUAUUUCAAGACCCAACAGCAAUGAUGCAACAAUUAUUGACAACAUCUCGUCAGCUAACAUUAGGAGCCUAUAAGCAUGAAACAGAAUUUGCAGAGCUUGAAGUGAAAACCAGAGAAAAAUUAGAAGCUGCUAAGAAAAAAACAAGCUUUGAGAUUGCAGAGCUUAAGGAGAGAUUAAAAGCAAGUCGUGAAACUAUAAAUUGUUUAAAAAAUGAAAUCAGAAAACUUGAAGAAGAUGACCAAGCAAAAGACAUAUAAACAGUUCUUAUGAGAACUUGGUAGUAAGCUAAACUGAAAAUAAGGUGGGCUUCACUGGAGAAAUGGACUUACUGCAAAUGCUAUGACGUUUCUUAGAGGAACUUCAUAUAUAGCUGUUGACCGUGAAUUUCUCAGCAAUAGGAAUUUGUACUGUUUAAGCAAUCUUUAAUGGAAAGUACAUGUGUAAGAAUGGAUGCAUAUAGGCAUUUUACCAACCCAUUUUAAGGAAAUUCUAUGAUAUGAAGUGCAAUUUUAAAAAAUGUUUAUUGUAGUAUAUGUAUAGCUUAUUACCCUUUUGACAGGCAUCAGCAUUUCAUUAUAAAGUAUUACUUGUACAAAUUUUGUACUUCUCUAGUAGUUAGAAUUAGUGAUAAACUUAAUGUAUAUAUUUAAUUUCUUCAAGUUCUUACCUGCCCCCAUCCAAUCAUUUUUGUAUAUGAUGUCUCCAGUAAGUAGUCAAUAAAUGUAGUUUAUUGAUCCUA